AUUGUCUUGCUAUCUGUCUCAGUUGCUAACCAUCAUGCUCAGGUACGGAAACUCUACAAGUGAGUCUCCUCCGUUUGUCUUUUGUCACCCGUUCCUUGAUCGUCGCUUUUCGCCUCUCAUCCAACCCUGUCCUCCUCCCCGACGCCUCGCCCCCUCAGCUCUCUAUCCCACCUCUGCACUAAAUCUCAGUGUCGACGAUCAUUUAUCUCACUUUUAAUAUGGAAAUACUGACGGUUUCUAAAGGAUGCUGGAGGAUCCGUCCUAUGCGGAAAUUGUGCGAUGGGGUGAUGAAGGGGACAGCUUCGUCGUCUUGGAGUGUGAGAAAUUCACAAAGACCAUUCUGCCGAAGCACUUCAAACA